CCGGAAGCUACUGGAUUCGGAAUCUCGCCCCAGGUCUCGCUGCCGCGGGCUGCGUCUGAGUGCGCGGUGUGUGGCCGCGGCGCGUGGUGAGGGGCUGCAUGUGGCGGGCCGCACGCCGCUCCGGCUCAGCCAGGAGACCUCCUCGCCGCCGCUGAGCCUGUUUUCUUUCCUGUUGAAUCGGAGCGCGCCCCGCACGGGACACCCCGGGCCCUACGGCGCAGCCCGCCUUGCCGGCCUGGGGACGGUUAUCGUCUAUUGGGACGCCACAGAGCGGGCUCGGGGAUCCCCACCGCCGCAGGCCCCGGUGCGUGACUGAUCCUCCGGCUCCCAGAGCCCCCUGCCCAGGCUGGGAUGUUUGUCCUCGUGGAGAUGGUGGAUACCGUGCGGAUCCCCCCGUGGCAGUUUGAGAGGAAGCUCAACGAUUCCAUCGCCGAAGAGUUGAACAAAAAGUUGGCCAACAAGGUCGUGUACAACGUGGGACUCUGCAUCUGUCUGUUUGACAUCACCAAGCUGGAGGACGCGUACGUGUUCCCAGGGGAUGGUGCGUCACACACGAAAGUUCACUUUCGCUAUGUGGUGUUCCAUCCGUUCCUGGACGAGAUUCUGAUCGGAAAGAUCAAAGGCUGCAGCCCGGAGGGAGUGCAUGUCUCCCUAGGGUUCUUCGACGACAUUCUCAUCCCUCCGGAGUCGCUGCAGCAGCCAGCCAAGUUUGACGAGGCAGAGCAGGUGUGGGUGUGGGAGUAUGAGACGGAGGAGGGCGCCCACGACCUGUACAUGGACAUCGGCGAGGAGGUCCGCUUCCGGGUGGUGGACGAGAGCUUCAUGGACACAUCCCCCACGGGACCUAGCUCAGCUGAGGCCGCCUCUUCCAGCGAGGAGCUGCCCAAGAAGGAGGCUCCGUACACGCUCAUGAUGGCAGAGCUGCCUGCCUUGCCCAAGGUCACGAGCUUGGAGACAGCAGAGGCAUGGGAUGAAUCAAGGCUGCCGGCUCCCUCAGCCCGUUAUCUCCAGUGAGGUGGUGCUUCUGGAAUCUGGAGGCCAGACAUUUUAUACGUGAUGCUACUUAUCACCAAUGUGAAGCACUGAGUGAAGUGCCUGGCACCCAAUUAGCCCUCAAUAAAUAUCAGCAACAGUUGUUACAUGAAUUAGCUCAUUCAGUUCCCAUGACUGCCUCGGGUUUUACACAUGAUGAAGUGAGGCCCAUAGUGACCUUAAGUAAGGUCACAGGCUUAAGUGGCAGAGUCAGGAUUUGAACUUGGUGCAGGUUGGCUUCAGGGCCCAAACCCUCAGCUGCUCUGUUCUGCUACUUUGGUUCCUCCAGCCCAUCCUUCCUCUGGCCUUCCAAAUGCUACCCUGAUCUACAGGUCUCAGGGCACCAGGGUCGGGCUUGGAAUCUUGGGCCCUGCCCUCUGAAUUCUCACAACAAAGCAAGCUCAAGGGUAAAAUCUUGGCUUCUCCGAGAGCGGAGGCAGGGGCAAACUGAAUGUUUCUGAAUGACCAGCUGGGGAGCCAAAAGCUCAAGAGCCUUGCUGGGUGUGCAGCCAGGGACCUGCCCAAGCUCUCCCCAAGGCCCAACAGAAGUCUCCAGAUGGCGCCUGAACAACCGCCACCCUCAGAAGCUCCCUAGAACCAAUGCCCUGCCUCACCUCACUGAGGUUAAUUUCAAUCAGUUGGUCAUAAUGGCAGCCAGAGUCAGGUACCAAGUGAUCCUUGAACUCAUCAGCAAGGUUGGCAAUGUCUGAAAUCAACAAGGGAGGGA